AUGGCCAAAGCAAAAGGUCGCGCCAAGGCGUUCCAAGACCCGGACGAGGUUCUUGCAAAGGACUACGAUCCGGAAUCAAAUGCACCCGAGAGCGCCCAUGGCAGCGGCACCGAUGUCAGCGAGGAUGAGAACCUGGGUACCGAACACUACGUUACUGUUGGAAAGAGCAAAUUGCGACAAAAAGAAAACGUCUCUCUUGGACCUGAAUAUAGAGGCUCUCGGGUUAGUCGGUCUGCUUUGGACGAUGAGAGCGACGACGACGAAGAGUUAGAAGAGAGUGAGGAAGACGAUGAGGAGGGUUUUGACGACCCUGAUACCGCUGAUCUGGAGGCCGAUACAGCCGAGGCCAGCGAUUCGGAGAUUGACAGCGACGAUGCUCUAGGAGAGUCGGACGCCGAAAGGUUCAAAGAUUAUUCCUUCCGAGGUAGCUCCAAGCCUGCGAAGGCCAAGGGCAAGGCGGGUAGAGCGAAGGCUGCAGAUUUUAUGUCCGAUGAGGAGGAGGACGCUGAAUCUGACGAAGAUGAGGAUAUGGAUGAUGGGCUUGAUGCUCUGGUGGAUGGCGGAGACGACUCUGAAGACUUGGAUGACGAUGAUGAGGAGGACGAUGAGGAGGGUAGUGAAGAUGAUGACGAUGAAGAUGAAGACGAAGAUGAAGAGGAGGAUGAGUCGGCCAAAACUGGCACAGCAAGACCAAACAUGUCUGCUUUGUCCAAUCGAGCUGAUGUGGACAAGGGCGUUGCAAUUCAAAAGCAACGCAAAAUUUAUGACGGGUUGCUCAAUCUGCGUAUUCGACUGCAGAAGGCCAUCGUUGCGGCCAACUCAUUCCCUACCAUAGAAUCGGACGUCGACGCGGAAUCUGAGCCAUACGAAGCUGCGGAAGAGGCUGCUAUCAAGCUAUUAAACACUAUCAGCAGCUUGCGCGAAAGCAUUGGAGCGCCAGCGAGAACUGGCGAGAAGCGGAAACGUGAGUUAGUGGCGUCCAUGUCGAACGAGGAUAUCUGGGAGCAGCUUCAAUGCGAAGACAAUGGCGCAACUAGCUUCCGCGAGGAGAGACUAGAGAAGUGGUCUAAGAAAGUGCAAAGCGUCAACAUGACAAGGCAAAACGGAAUCAGCCAAAGGAACAAAACCCUCAUCGAUGCCCUUCAAGAGCAAUUGACUGUCCCGGAUAACAGACUCGUCAAACGAACACGAGUGCCAAGAUCUUGCGCGCCGGCCCAACUGGCUAAGAAGGCUACGGAUGACGAGUAUAUUUACGACGAUGCUGAUUUUUACCAGCUGCUGCUCAAGGAGCUCGUUGAUCAGCGAACUGUAGAGGGCACCGCAGACCACGCCGCUGCGGUUCCAACAGUAAUGGUCACUGCGACCAAGGAAGCUAAGUUGCGCAAGCAAGUCGAUCGCAAGGCUAGCAAGGGCCGAAAGAUGCGAUUCACAGUUCACGAGAAGCUGCAGAACUUUAUGGCCCCUGAGGACAGGAGAGGUUGGGAACAGGGGGCAAUCGAUCGAUUCUUUGGAACUUUGUUCGGCAGGAAGAUGGAGCUGAAUGAGGAUGAGAGUGAUGACGACGAGAUGGAUGGAGUGGAUGCUGAUGAGGAGGGAUUGAGGCUGUUUAGAAAUUGA